AUGAUGCUGUGUAAUUUGAGUCAUAAAAUGAGCCAUGCUACAACAUAUUUUAUAAUUUCAGUUCACAGCAGCUUGCUAAUCGAGCCAAGGCCGACUACCUCACUGAUUGCAGUCGCUAGCGCUUCCCUCAUUACUUCUUGUAGUAGUAGUAUGCUCUUACACAUAGAUCAUGGAGUUAAGGGAGUUAGAGAAGUAGGAAUGGAAUGGUACAUGCAAAUAUGA